CCCUCCUCCCUAGGUCCCGGGGCUCGACAUCUAACCACCGCUCUCGAGCCUCCCUUUUUUCCUCACCAAUACCCCGCAGUUCUGUUCCUCAGUGAACGAGACCUCUUGAUAUGUAGGUGCCCAGGCCUGGGGCACGUCCGGAAGGGGACUCAGGCAGACCAUGCGCAAAGAACCGCUCCCUUCAGCCGGCUGCUCCAAGCAGCGCUGACAGCCCGGGGGGCUGAGGGGAGCUGGGCUUGGGCGGGGCUGGGCUGGGGCGAAGGAGAGCCCAGCCCGGGAGGCGGUGGGAGGAGGGAUGCGCCUGGCCCGCUAACAUUCCCGAGCGCAGGGCGAACCGACCCCCGGAAGAAUUCGGGUCUAGGGUGAGCCCCCAGCACUCGUGGGCCAGUCAGCCGCCUCCCACCUUCCCUCCACCCCCAGCCUCCCGCGGCGCUUCCAGCUCCCUCUCCCGCGUCUCAACCACAGCUUCCUCCUCGUUUUCCUCCUCUCUCCGGCCCGGGGGCCCGGCCCCGCCGAGAUGCUCUUCCACAGCUUGUCGGGCCCUGAAGUGCACGGGGUCAUCGACGAAAUGGACCGCAGGGCCAAGAGCGAAGCGCCAGCCAUCAGCUCAGCCAUAGACCGGGGCGAGACGGAGACGACCAUGCCGUCCAUCAGCAGUGACCGGGCCGCGCUCUGCGCGGGCUGCGGAGGUAAGAUCUCCGACCGCUACUACUUACUAGCAGUGGACAAACAGUGGCACAUGCGUUGCCUGAAGUGCUGCGAGUGUAAACUCAAUCUGGAGUCGGAGCUCACCUGCUUCAGCAAGGACGGCAGCAUUUACUGCAAAGAAGACUAUUACAGGCGGUUCUCUGUGCAACGCUGUGCCCGUUGUCACCUGGGUAUCUCAGCAUCAGAGAUGGUAAUGCGUGCCCGGGACUUGGUUUACCAUCUCAACUGCUUCACCUGCACCACCUGCAACAAGAUGCUGACCACGGGCGACCACUUUGGAAUGAAGGAUAGCCUGGUCUACUGCCGGCUGCACUUUGAGGCGCUGCUGCAGGGUGACUACCAAGCCCAUUUCAACCACGCCGAUGUGGCAGCGGCGGCAGCAGCGGCAGCGGCGGCAGCAGCCAAGGGCUCGGGUUUGGGCGCCGGCGGGGCCAACACCUUGGGCCUCCCUUACUACAACGGCGUGGGCACGGUGCAGAAGGGGCGGCCGCGGAAACGGAAGAGCCCAGGGCCUGGGGCGGACCUGGCCGCCUACAAUGCAGCACUGAGCUGCAAUGAAAAUGACGGGGACCAUCUGGACAGAGACCAGCAGUACCCCAGCAGCCAGAAGACUAAGCGAAUGCGGACCUCCUUCAAACAUCACCAGCUGAGGACGAUGAAGUCCUAUUUUGCUAUUAACCAUAACCCCGACGCCAAGGACUUGAAACAGCUCGCACAGAAGACGGGUCUCACCAAGAGAGUCCUCCAGGUCUGGUUUCAGAACGCCAGAGCUAAAUUCAGGCGGAACCUUCUACGCCAGGAGAACACAGGGGUGGACAAGACCUCAGACUCCACACUACAGACGGGGACCCCAUCGGGCCCAGCCUCAGAGAUUUCCAACGCAUCCAUGAGCCCCUCCAGCACCCCCACCACCCUCACGGACUUGACUAAUCCCACAAUGCCAACUGUGACGUCUGUCUUAACUUCCGUGCCUGGGAGCCUGGAGGGCCAUGAGUCCAGGAGUCCCACACAGACAACUCUUACAAACCUUUUCUGAUGACGCUUUCCCAAUAAUUUCUUUAAAAAAGAAAUUAUCCUUUAGUUGAAUUCCAAGUGUAUUUUAAAUAGAGGCUUUGAGCAACUAACUAACCACAUUUUAGGAUCUCGCCUGGAAACAGAGGGGGAAAAUGAGUGUUCUGGUAACUACAGAGUGUGGACUGAAAAUUAACUUGGAAGAUCUAUCCGCAACACAACAUUUGUGUAACUGUACAGUUUUGUGGACUGACUGAGCAAGGAAAACAAGAAUUAAUUUAAGUUGGCUAGAGCUUCUUGUAUUUCAAAGACUGCCACGUGCCUUAUAUACUGUUUUAUCUACAUACUGGAUUUCCCAUGUCCAUUUUCUCUCUUGCCUCCUUUUCUCUCUGUAUAUUUAUGACCAGAGCAAAAAUGUUUAAAAAAAAAAAGUUUGUUACUUUGAAUAGUUCUACAAACAAGGAAACAAAAAACAAAGACACACACACA